AAAUUACGGCAAUCUUAUACGUGUUGCAUUUUACUCCGACCGCCAUUGCAAGAUUUGUAACAAGGCUUUUGAUUGGUUGAUGGCUCAUAGUGAUGAAAAAUGUUUAGACAUGGCGGUGUACGGAAGUUGUCCUUCUUGGCUGCUGAAUUCCAAGUCUCUCGUCACGAAUUCAAAGGAGUGGAAUGAGUAUGUAGGGGAACUCCAUGAUGUCAUACAACAGCAGCUUACUGAGAGCCAUGUACAGCAUUUCACUGACCUCUCGCAGCCAGAGAAAAUGCUAUUCAUGGACAGGGCUUCACAAGCUUUGCACACAGGGAAUGCAGCAAGACAACUGGCAGUUAAACUGAACAAUACCAUGGAAACAGAGGUCAACAAGGAGGUCAACCAGAAGCUAUUGGAUGAUUCAUCUGCCGUCACAAAGACUGAUGUACUACUCGAACACUCCCAAGAGGGCGCUGUGAGCCUCUUGAAGAAAUGGCCAGAUUUGAAAAUGAAGCUUCAUGUUUGCCUUAACAGGCUUUUGCCAAUGCCACUGAGGCAGAUAACAUGGAGACUGUUUUUGAAUAAUACAAAGGCCAGAAGGAAAUAUGUUGAUCUUCUGACAAGUAACCCAAGGAUGGCAAUAUCUGACCUUGACCUUGAAAUUUCCCACAAGUGUGAGCAACUCCUCAACUCUGAGCCAACAUUCCAGCAGUUCAAGGGAUCAGUAGGUGCGUUCUAUGCCAUGAAAGCUGUGCUUUCCUACUACCAUUCCCAGCUACCUAGUGGGAGUACACUGCUAGACAUAGAUUACAUGCUGAUGGUGCCGUUCAUGCAGGUGGCUGGAGACAACAUUCCAAGGAGGGAGCCAGGAACGGAUCGUGUAGUGGCCCUACUUGUGGAGGAGUUUGAAACAUUCAUGGAAUCGAGGCCAAGUUACAUGUUGGAUGGUUCACAGGAUCGUCCUGAUGAGAUGUCCAGCUUCAUGUCCCGGGUGUGUCAAUAUCUUCAACUUGCUGACCCUGACACAGCAAAGAUACUCUCAGAAGCACUCAAUAAAAAUAAAGAGCAUAUGGUUGAGACAGAAUUGAGUAUGAAUCAGUUAUUAGUAGACCAACUCACCCCCCUGGUGCAACCGCUACUCAGGGCUUUCUUUACAGGUUACACCAGUAUGGAGGUUGUGGGCUUCAUAUGGGAUCAAUACAUGAUAGGGUUAGAUGUCCCAGGAUUCAACAAUGAGUAUCUGCCUGCCAUCAUGGCCACAUUUCUGAUGCUUUUAAGAGACAGCCUAAAGCCAUGCACCAAUGCUUCAGAGGUGGAUGAAGUUCUCUGCAAAGAAGGUGUAAAGCUUCAACCCUCACAGUUCCAGUAUAUGAUAAACCGUCACUUCUACAGAGAUCUUUUCAGCUAUCUAAGUCAGAAUUCCGUGGGCUCUCUGCCUAUAUUGGACCCAACUAAAAGUGAGGUUCCUGCCUGGAAUUACACUCGCAGACUGGAUGACUUUGAUAGAACUAAAGCCCAGGAUAGAAGGAGAAACAGAGAAGAGAGAGAUCAGGAGAGAGACAGACAAAGACAGCAAAGAUUACAAGAUGAACAACAGAGGCUGGUAGAUACCAACAGAGAUGGAUCAGGAGCUGAUGCAAGGAGAAUUGCAGCCAAGGAGCGAAUGCAUCUAGAAGAUCUCAUUGAUCAGGAGCGACGCAGAAGACAAGAGGCAGAAAGGGUAGCAGCUCAAAAGAUAGAAGACCUUCAAAGAGAAAUUAAUGACCUGAAGAAUAGAAAAACAGCUGAUUUGCCAAAGAAAAUGAAAUCUCCCAAUCCAUCUAUAUACAGCGUACAGUCCACUUACAGUCGCUAUUUGAUCCCCCCUCCUCCCUCCCCUGCAUCCAACUUUGCUGUCACGCCUGUUCAGGCAUGGGCCAAUGAGAGGCUAAAAACACCAACGCCAACAAAACCCAAGAAAGAGCAAACAGCAGAUGUUGUACUCGACUUCCUUAAGAGGAUAGCUGUUAGUGUAAAUAAAGUAUGUCAUGCUGAUGGUGCUGAUAGGAGGCAUCUAGAUUCAGAGACAAAACGUCAAAUUAAAGCACAUCAGAGAGAUGUUAAAGCUGCUGAGAUGGAGGUAUUUGGACACCCAUUGAGAAGUGGGGAGUUUGAAUCUCUUACUGAAGAGGAGCGCCAAGAGAAAGCUGACCAACUUAUGAGUGUUAUCAAACGAAUGCUAGAAGAGAGAGAACCCCGUUGAAGAGAAGACAAAUUAGGAACAUUAUCAAGUGGGA